UCGCUUAAAAGGGACUCUUAAUAGCAAACCACUGCUUUUCAAGUAACCAUUUACAAUCUAAGGCUUUUAGCUAAAGCCACAAUUCAGUCCUUUAAGACCUCUAUAGAAACUCUGCUCCCAGCACUCACUCUACCAUCGGUCACAUAAUUGUUACGCCUGUGACAUGGAAAUUACUCUCAGGAAUAACACAUCGCCAUCUCCACUAAUUAACUGAGCCACUAUUAAAUUGACAGACAUCAAAUAUAAUCAGUGUAAUAAAACAUCAUGUGAGAUUGCAGUCACUGGUUGUGUUGCUACACUACACAUCGCUCCUGAAAAUCGAGCGAGAAGGAAAUUGAGGAGAGGAUGUCCAGCCAUAAAAAAUGCACAGGCAGAUGGAAUAGUUUGAGUCUCGGUCUCUAGGGCUUAGACACUUGUAUGCCUCAGUCAGCGAGCAAACACUGGAUACAACAGGAUGCUGCAUGUCAUGAUUACUGAUCCAUAGAUGUCCUCUAUACAACUGUCCACCCAAGUGUAGGCAAUGCCGGUAUCCAACACCUGCAGAAUCCUAUAAGCUGGCCCUUCAAGAAUUCUACAUUUAACUUCUGAAUCAUCAAGGAAAACCUGCAGGCCGGCAGAAUGGUGACCACACGUGGAUAGAAAACCUGAAAUAAAAUUCCUGACCGAUUUCCAGGGCAAAAGAUGACAGCUAUACUACAUAUUUAUACUGUGCUCAUGAUCACCACCGGCAUUGGUGCUGUGGGAGCAAACCUCAUCCUACUAUUCCUAUUUGCAUCGCACUUGAAAUUGCGCACAGACACGUGGGCCCUCACCCUGAACCUCAGCCUGUGUGACUUGAUUUUCGGAAUAGGUGUUAUUCCAGUUGCUGUAUACAGCAGCCUCUUAGGCGGAGGCAUUUUUUCUUUGGACAAUAUUGCCUGUAAACUGUUAGGAUUCCUAUUUGUUUUUCUACAGGUGGCCUCACUGAACUCCUUGGUAUGGGCCACUAUUGACAAGUUUACAGAGAUUUGCUUUCCUCUGCGUUAUGCUCAAAUGAUCACCAAAAAGCGGAUUUGGAUCAUCUUGGUAUUGUUGUGGAUUUAUGCUUCAAUAGUCUCUACUUUCCCAUUCAUGGGGUUUGGAGAAUACAGCUUCAGCAGUGACGUCUACAUGUGCUUGCCCUUAUUCCACUCUUCAACCACAGCGUAUGGCGUGAUACUGCUCAGCGGAGGAAUUCUUGCCCCUAUAUUGACAAUCAGUGUGCUGUACAUUGCCAUUAUUCACAUAGCCAGAAACCAGGCAAAGAGAGGAACCUUUGUUUGCAAUGACCAGCAUUGCUACUACGUGCCUAUCCGGUCAUAUUUUAGGAAUACAGUCAUCCUCAUUGUGUCUGCAUUUUAUCUGCUGGUGUGUUGGACCCCAUCAGUAAUCAUUAGUUUCUAUGAAAUCUUUUACGAUCACAAUGUACCUCCUAUAGUAAAGAUGACCUCAAUAUGGCUGGUAGUCCUGACAUCUGGCAUAAAUCCUUGGGUGAAUACACUUGCACAAAGAAAAUACAGGAGAGCUCUCCGGGACAGCUGGAGAAAGCUAAAAAGAAUCUUUGAGAACAUGGGCUCCAAUUCAGAGCCUCCAAGUGAGAAUGAGAGGCAUUCAAGCAUUCAGUCUCAUCAGUGUUUGCCGGGACAUAAUAUGACAAAUUCUAUUCAAUCGUGAACAGGGACGGGAAUGCCUCGCAAUACAAAAAUUGCCUAAUGACAGAUUCUAGUCUUGUGGAGAAAGAAGACAAUACGUUAGGAUGUGAUCCUGAAUAUUGUCCUCAAAAAACGACUGACACCAACAUAUAGUGACGCUGUGACAAUGGAAAAUAAAAUGGGCUGCUUGAAACGGACUUGAAAGGAACAGUAAAAACUGAACUCCUUUCAUAUACAAGAAAUGACAAGACAGGAAUCCCAAUCCUACUGGAUUCAAGGCUUAACGUGUAGAUUGUUUUUAAGUUAAUAUAUUUAUUAUCUCAGAAAAGAAUGUAUUGUAGUGCAGGUCUUAUUGCCCCAAAAGUUCUUUGAACAAUCAUACUAUGAUGUAAAAAUGACAAAUAUAAAUUAUUCAUUACUAUCAUAAAGGAUACAAACAUAUACAUAUCACUGCAGCUGGUGCUUCAUUUCUUUUUUUCACUUGUAUGAAUGAGGCCAUUGCAUAAUAAAGCUAUAGCUACACGAAAUAUUGCUGUGGGAACUAGAAAAACGCUAUGUUUACAAAAUCUACAGUAUGCAGUUUGCAGCAUUAGAAAUGCUAAAUUCAAAGGGAAAUAUGUAAUUUUUUUAGGUACUCUCUUCUGCUCCUAUACCCUAACAGUUUACACUAACAUUAACUCAGAUUUUUCAUAAUUCAGAGAGAAUCUAAUGAGAUAUUGUACAUAACCAGGGCUUUUUUUCAGCGGGAACGCGGGGGAAUGCAGUUCCGGCACCUCCUGGACUGACU